AGUGAUAAAGGAGGGGCAUAUCUUCUUUCAUUUCUCCCCCACACAGCGAACACAAGCAGGGCGUCUCCCCCACGCAGAGCCAUUGGUGCGAAGCUAGACGUGGCGACGGCAUCAAUGUCGAAACCUUCGUUUCAGAUAAUUUUGGGUUCGGCGUCAACUGCUCGGCGACGGAUUCUAGCUGAGAUGGGUUAUGAAUUUAGAGUCAUGACUGCAGAUAUUGAUGAGAGAAGUAUAAGGAAAGACAAGCCGGAAGAAUUGGUGAUGGCUCUAGCUGAAGCUAAGGCAGAUGCCAUCAUAGCAAGACUUCUGAACACCGGUCAACUGCAGAAAGAUACUGAUAUGACCUUGUUGAUUACUGCAGAUACGGUGGUGGUAUAUAAAGGAGUGGUGAGAGAGAAGCCGACCAGUGAGGACGAAGCACGGGAAUUCAUAAAAGGCUAUUCCGGUGGUCAUGCUGCAGUCGUAGGAUCUAUACUUGUAACCAAUCUCACUACAGGUUCAAGAAGGGUCACUUGGGAGAGAGCAGAGGUAUAUUUCCAUGAGAUACCCGACGAAAUCAUCGAUAGCUUGAUCGAGGAAGGAAUAACUUUCAAAGUGGCUGGAGGUCUGAUGCUGGAACAUCCAUUAACAUUGCCCUUUGUUGAAGCAGUGGUUCGCCUUUUAAUUUUCCCUUUCAGCUUUCUUAUCGGAAAUACCGACACUGUGAUGGGGCUUCCAAGUGCUCUUACCCAGCAAUUCAUUGAUGAAGUCUUGCAACCUCUGAAGGCCUAACUCAGGUUGGAUUAGGAAUUUGGAUAAUGAGAGAUUUGGGCCCAAUUUUUAUUAGUAGAAUUUGAGUAAAAAGUGAUGUUUGGAAGUGGAUGAGUUUCUAAUAAAAGAACUCAAAAGUUUGUUCCCUUUUUGUUUCCAUGAUAAAAGUUAUCGAAAUAAAAAAAAAAUUAUAACGUUCGGUUAAGAAGCAC